AUAGACAUUGUCAAAGACUGGCCGCCAUUUUGUUCUGAAAGCAAAUUCAGACCCAGAUCUCCUCUGCAUGCAGGUAUGAGCAGCAAGGGAGGUUCACAGGUCGGACUGAGUGAGCCGACGUUCACACGGCAACGCGAAUUUUAGACCGGCUUAAAAAAUUGACCAGAUACUCAAAACCGAACUGCUCUAUAUUUUCGCUCCGCGAACAGAGAACUGACAAACCAGGUUGAAUUUAACUUUUUUUCAGUGGUUUUACCACGAUAAUCCUAGGCUCGAUUUCCGCCGUCUCCCGGGUCCGAUCUUGAUCCUCCCCGGGGGAUGAGGGCGGGCUCAUUUUCCCGAACAGCGGCUGAUAAUCGAGCCUACGAUAAUCCUUCCACACGCAAAACUGAAAAAAAAUUGAUUUUCUUACUUAAAUUUGCUUAUAACAUUCAUGAUGUACGGCCAAAAAAAUAAAACUGGUUGCAUCAAUCAUUAACUUAAAAUUUUGAGCUGGAAAACUAGCCAAAAGUGCAAAUUAUCCUGGCAGUCAUUUUCAGAAACUAGAAUGAAAGUUAUGCUCGUAUAAAUUGCGAAUUAUGCCAAAAAAUUUCAGCCAUCGUUUAUUUCCUUUUUUUUCCUCUGCUAUGUUUCUGUGUUCCGUUUUUGUUUUUGUUUUAUUUGUUUGUUUGUUUGUUUGUUUGUUUUCAAAUUUAUCUUCACCAACAUCUUUUUAGGUAGGCACACGCGUAGUCGCUCUCAGGUAAAGCUAUAGGGGCUCUGACAGGCCAGCGGCACAUACCCAGCAAAAAUUAAUCCAUGUAUCCCCCCCUCUCCCCCGGGGAGAGACCUUUGCUAGCAGGGAACCAUGUCUUUAACGCGUGAACUAAUUUGGUACCGUGGGUGCCAGAGCCUUUUCAUGCGCGGUUUUUUCUCGCGGCUCGCACGCGAGAAAAAACCUCUGCUACCCAGAGUACUAAUUUGGCUGAAAUUUGGCCAACGUACUUGUAGUCUGGUAACGACAAAAGUGCAAACCCACUUGACAAAAAAUCUCAGACAUACGAUUUUGUAGUCAAACGUGUCAAAAAGCGAAUGCGAUCUUAAUCGUUUUCUUCCGUUUGUCUUGGCCGGUCUGGACUAUGUUAACAGACACAUCUACUUUCGCAAAAAGCACCUCGUUUCCGAAAUGAGUUAAGGUUUAAGAUUUUUUAAAGAAAUUAGCCGCAAAGUGAAACCAUAAGCUUUCAGAAGUACGCUUUCGUUCAAGGCCGUAUUUAUUUAAACUACUGCAAUCGCGGCUCGAAUUGGCGCGAGGACGGUCCUGAAAGGUGGAUGAUACCUUAAUCGAUUGUUUUGCUCAUGGCUAAUUUUUUUUCUGAUCAGCCCUUCUUUUGGGGAACGUCUGUCAUAGACUUUUAGAGAAAUUCUUAUGCACCCCCGUGCACAACACAAACAUAACGUGUAGUUCAGUUAAGUGAUUAUCGUCCAAUAUAACGGUAGUAUUUUUAGAGCAAUUCUUAUGCACCCCCCUGCACAACACAAACAUAACGUGUAGUUCAGUUCAGUGAUUAUCGUCCAAUAUAACGGCUUUAUUUCACUUAUCAUCAAAUAAAGCAAGUCAAAGUUAAACAAGACAUUCCUCGUGUUGAUACAGUAUCUGAAAUAGCUUGACCUGCUAGUAUCAGAUCUGACAAGAAAUCAGGAAUAAUCCUGAAUCCACGACUGUCUCGGAUUAACUUACAAAACAGUAAACUAAGUAAAGGGAAAACGAAUUGGUGCGUGAUACACCUUCACGUUCGCCGUUUAUUGUAAAUAGCUAUAGGUUGCUCGUCAUACUUUUGGCUUUUGGCUCGGAAUCAACAGCAAUCACUUGCCUUUAAUUUCAAAGGGCGAUUGGCUACACAAUUAAAUUGCAUAGAAGGUUAUUUUUCAGUAUAAGGUCAACCACAUUUGUUUGCCUUAAUUAUAUUCAAGAAACGUAAAAAACGUGACUUGAAACCACUCGACGUUUCAGACGUUGACAUCGUCAGUAGAUUCUUUUUCAAGGUGUUAUUUUUGAGGUGUUACUCUCUCGGCCAAGAUUUCUCGGCCACGAAAAUCGUGAUCGGAUCAUAAAUAUUCGACAAGGAGUGACUCUUGCCAAAUCGUGCGUUUCCGUCAAAGAAUUUUGGUUUUGGCAUUUCACAGUCAAACUGCAGCUAACUGCCAAAGGUAAGUCUUUGAAAUUUCUUGGUAGAAAGUAACUAAGAAUUACGAAAUCUAGGGUGAAAUUUACGUGUCAAUACGACUAGCUGUUUGCCCAAGACUCUUUUUUGCUCUGAACAGGCUUACGUUUUGAGCGAACGUUUUUCAGCAUUCAUCUAGGGACACAACCACAACUUCCCUGUGCGACUUUGAAACUGACGUAUAUCAUCACAAAGAUACUGUUUAUGCUCUGCUUAACAGGUUCCAUUUGGCCGAAUUGAUCGUAUACGUCUUCAAUCACAACAUAUUCGGCAAAGUUGAUUACUACAACAUUUAUCCGCUAACAUUAAAGUACGUUGACUACUUUGUGCAGCAUAAACACAGUCUCUGGGUUGUUUUCUAACUGUUUGCUGACUUACGAUCCCCAUUUUAGCAAGUUUUGAGAAGAAAUAAUCAGAAGUUAAAUAAUCAGUGCAGUCGAAAAUCACAAUUGCCUCAAGUAAGUGGCUAACUUCGCAUAUUUCAGUUUUCAGUCAAAUCAGAAUACAGAAAACCCGCCGAGUAAGAACCCGGUUUUUAAGAACCAGUUAAGCUAAAUUUGUCAGGUUCUUAUUUUCCAAAAUCAAGAGAGGAUAAAAAAAAUUCUGUAUACUUGGGCAAACAAGAUAAGUCAAGUUUCUCCUUUGAAGACAUUGGUGCUUUACCAAUCCAACUGCAUAUAUGUAACGGUAUGCAGAUUUUAUAUAGCCAAGAAUUAAAGCUGAAUACCACUAAACACUCUUAACUACAAUGUAUUUUUUAAAAAAAACAACCUAAAUCUGGACUUGUUACCAUGUUUGUAAGAACCUGUUUCGGUCUAUCUCGGGAAAAUGCAGGUUCUUAGUCGCGGGUUUUAUAUGUAAUUUAAAUAAAUUUUUCCACACCGAAUGUUAGAUUUUCAGCGUUACUUCACGGAUUGGUGUACCUAUAACAAGAGAACACCAGACAUGUGUCACGUUUUUUUUUUUUAAAUUUCUUUGCCUUCUCCACACAAAUACGGAGUAAAAUGACCAGAUUUUUAGUCAUGUUAUAAACGCAUGAUUCAAGUUUUGGUCUCGACUCCCCUCGAAGAUAAAGCUGUUUUUCUUCUACGGCCAUGCAUUUUAAUUCUAAAAGUUGCAAAAACUUUCGAGAAACUUAAAAAAAUAUUAACAGGUGAAAAGUAUCACGUGACCUAUUUUGCUUAACUACUAAUUAUAUAUAAAAAAGAGUCAACCAUUCCGGCCAGAUUCAAGCAAGAAAUGAUGAUACAAUAACAAAAAUACUGUAUUUAAUAAAUACUGUGUGGCAGCUCGCCACCCCAUUUUUAGUUUUCUUUUCUUUCCUGGUUCGACCAUACGUGUUAAGGGUCAUAGAUAUCUGAUUUCUUAAGUUACAGGAAAAUUAAGGUUACCUUUUUUUUUUUUGAGGUUGUCAAAUUUUGGAAGGUUCUGAUAAAUUUUCACAAAGUUAUGAUCAUUAUAAGAUUUUAAGCCCCAGGCCAUGCUUUAACAUGCUUGAGAAGACGAUAAAUAUUGCAGCUCUGAUCUCUGUUUGAAAUCGGAUGCGGUCGCCUCUCUUCAGCUCCAACCACCUUUCCCCUCUUGUAAGUAACUGGGUGACUUGGAAUAUUUGCGAAAAAGUUUCAAAGGAUGCGAAUCCUGUUAUUGAGAGACGUUUUUAUUCUCCUCCCUUUUGUCAAAUCGUAAGCUCCCUCUUCUUCCCUCCGUACAUACAUUUACAAAAAAAAUGUACAGCUACUUUCGCAAAAAGCACCUCGUUUCUGUAAUGAGUUAAGGUUUAAGAUUUUUUUAAAGACUUAGCCGCAAAAAGAAACCAUAAGCUUUCAGAAGUACGCUUUGGUUUGUAAGGCCGUAUUUAUUUAAACCAUGGGCCGCAAUCGCGGCGCAAAUCCGCGCGAGGACGGUCCUGAAAGGUGGAUGAUACCUUAAUCGAUUGUUUUGCUCAUGACUGUUCAUCCUCGGAGACCCAAGGGCAGUUAGUCGAGUCGAUAAAAUGUUCGUGGUGAAAGUUUAUUGUAAGUUCGAGACGAGCUCGUCUCGAUCUUACAGUAAACUUUCACCAGGAACAUUUUAUCGACCCGACUAACUCGCCCCUGGGUCUCCGAGGAUGAUGACGAUUAGGCCCGGUUCAAACGUCGAACUUUACAUGUGCCGAACCUAACUCAGUUAGGUUCGCGAUCGGCACAUGUAAAGUUCGAGGUAUGAAUCAAUUAGGAACGGCACUUUUGUAUUUGGAUCGACUCUGCUGUUAUAUUCGACUGAGCUUGUCGAAUAGAACCCUUCUUUGGACGAACGUCUGUCAUCAAGGAUUUUGAAAGCAAUUCUUAUGCAUUCCCCGUGCGCAACACAAAUAAAAACAUGUGGUUCAGUUCAGUGAUAAUCGUCCAAUAUAAUACAGUAUAAUUUCACUUAUUAUCAUCAAGUAAAGCAAAGCAAAGUAAAACAAGAAAUUCCCCGUGUUGAUACAGUGUCUGAAAUAGCUUGACCUGCUGGUAUCAGAUCUAUACUCUUCAGUGUUACCCACAAAAAGGAAAAUAAAACAUUACAACUGCAGGAGUUGGUCGAAAUAACUGCUCAUGCAUGCAUAUCGUUCUAGUCGUCUCAGUCCGUCAGUGCACCGAGUCAAAGUUAUAUACUUUUUCACAGGUUGAUUGCAACUAAGCUCGGAAAUUUGGUACCCCCAACUGCUUUCACGUCGUACGGUUCAUUUUCAGAAUCACUGACUGUAGUAAAUAAUUUCGCCUUGCGACAUAAUAAACAUCCUCACAAAGACAUUUGCCCGUAGCAGGUUCCAUUUGAGUGAUCGCACGCAAACAUUGCAUCACGACAUUUUCAAAACUGAGAACUACAGUCUUAUGCAUUUCAUCAACAAGGUUAAAAGUUAGGACUACAUUUUUUCGCGUAGUUUGCUCUUGGCCGCGUGCACACCCCACUACUAGCUUGCUGAAUCCAAUUAAGUUUCAGUGACAAAAAGUCAGGAAUAAUCCUGAAUCCACGACUGUCUCGGAUUACCUUACGAAACAGUAAACUAGUAAAGGGAAAACGAAUUGGUGCGUGAUACACCUUCACGUUCGCCGUUUAUUGUAAAUAGCUAUAGGUUGCUCGUCAUACUUUUGGCUUUUGGCUCGGAAUUAACAGCAAUCACUUGCCUUUAAUUUCAAAGGGCGAUUGGCUACACAAUUAAAUUGAAUAGAAGGUUAUUUUUCAGUAUAAGGUCAACCACAUUUGUUUGCCUUAAUUAUAUUCAAGAAACGUAAAAAACGUGACUUGAAACCACUCGACGUUUCAGACGUUGACAUCGUCAGUAGAUUCUUUUUCAAGGUGUUAUUUUUGAGGUGUUACUCUCUCGGCCAAGAUUUCUCGGCCACGAAAAUCGUGAUCGGAUCAUAAAUAUUCGACAAGGAGUGACUCUUGCCAAAUCGUGCGUUUCCGUCAAAGAAUUUUGGUUUUGGCAUUUCACAGUCAAACUG